AUGCGUCCCGUCACGUGCGCCACCGGCUCAAGCACUGGCUCCAGCAGCGGCUGGACGAGCACGAGUACGAGCGCUACCGGCACGUCGCCGUCGCCUGUUGGUGGCUGGAACGUUGGCAUGCAGCGGCGAGACCGCAAGCUCUGGACGACGAUCGUCGAGCGCGUGGAAGCUGAUGUGGCAGUGCAGCAGCUGACGCUCGUGGAGCUGGAGGAGAUGCUGAAGCAGCUGCUGGGCGUGGCGCUGCCGAAUCCUCGUAUUCGAAGCGACGAGAUUGCAUUGCUGAUUACAGCCUUGGCGCAGCUGUUGCCCUUGAGUUCGGGGCUGCUGUGCUCGGAGUACACGCGGCUCGUGCAAAAGUGCUGUUGUAAGGAACGCGUGCUGUUCUCGAGCGCACAGCUGCGUGUGGUGAUGACGUUCUUUUUGACGUUCAUCAAGACGUGUCCGAGCUGGUAUACGGCCAAUUCGAUCCGCGCGCUGGGCCAAGUGCUGCAUGAGAAUGCUGAUCGAGCAAGCAAUGAGUUCGAGCUGUUGUUUGCUGUCUUGCUGAAGCACUUGGAUCCGUCGGGCGUGGACAUUGAAGCUCGGUAUGCCGCCACGAGUUGUGUGUCGAACAUUUGUACGCAGGCGGGUAAGACACCCGAGGUGUACCACUACUUUUCGUCGUUAUUGCGGGUGGUGGUGGAGAACUUUCGGCAACAGGCCCUUAGUCUCGCGAAGGGUCACAACGAUCGCAUUCUUGUGAAAGCAUGUACCUCUAGCAUGAAGUGUGUCUUCACGAUCAUUAACUCGAACUUCGACCGCCUGGGGGAUCGCAUUGCUGCGACACUGCCCAGUCUGCUUAACUCCAUGCGCCAAGUCGUGGGAUAUGGCCUUGUUCUCAAGUUUGAUGCCACCCAUGCGAUGUUCUCGUUUCAAGACGAUUUGCACCCUUCCGAUUCUGAUUCGUCUGUUUGUGGCUCUGAUGGUUGCAUCCGACCGCGUCAAAGUGGAGACGGUCUGCUGGCCCGUCUGCGUAUCAACGUGUUGUACACACUUGAAGCGAUCGCGCAGCAUUUUCCCAAAGCCAUCACGUCGUCGAUGGGCUUGUACUUGCCGGAACAGACAACACCUUAUAUGACGUUGUUCGACAAUACGCCGUCCGUUCUUACUCUACUUAUCGCUGACCCAAGCGAAAAGGCCCGCGUGACAGCUGCAAAGUUCUUGGACGCUUUCUGGGAGAAGCUACCUCUGAAAAUGUAUUUUCAACGUCCGCUUGGAGUGGGUGCGAUUACGUCAACCACGAUGCCGAUGUCGUUCGCGUCGUUGCCGAGGCGAGUUUCUUUGAUGCUGUAUCAGGUGCACGUCACUUUGGUGUAUUGCAUUCAGCACGAGAAAGAACCCGCGCCGUUGUUACAUAUACUCAAGAGCACAACGUCAGUGAUUCAGCACUUCCCGUAUCGAAACGUCGUCGCAGUUCUCGACCAGAUCGAGCUCACGCCUAGUUUGGAGGAUAUUUUGAAGGCCCUUGCGUCAAGCUUGUACGUGGCGGCAUCAUCGACUGAUCACGGUGUGCGUAUGGCAAGUUUAUCGUGUAUGUCUGCGCUUCUCAACGUUCAAGAGACUCUCCCGUCCAUCUUGGAUUGGAUGGUACAGACGAGUGACGUCGACCGUGUAAUCCGGGUCGCUCACGUAUCAAUUGCAUGCGGAACAUGGUUACUACGUCACAAUUCGUUUGUCGAAGAGCUUCUGUUGGUGGCGUCACGGCCUGAUGAUCCGUCGCGCUCGCUCUUACGAUUGGAGGCAAUGUCCCUUUUGUCCAAGAUUGCAAAGAACUACUCGCCAGCACUGAGUAUGAACUGGAAGCGACUAUCGGAAUUUAUGCUAGUGGCAUUUCAAGACAUGGAUCCCAACAUACGCCUUCAAGCGGUAAAGAUACUGGAGAAUUACAUCAAGGGCGAGAAUGGAUGUUCUGAUCCCGCUGUAGUUGGAAGUAGACACGAGAAGGAUGCUUGCCGUGUCGACUGUUUGGAGUUUAUGGCGACGCACUUGGUGCGAGCAUUUUACGAUACAUCGCAUCAUGUUCGUGCAAGUGUCUGCGCAUGCUUCACGCUAUUGUCAUGUCGAGACUGGGCUUGGCUUGGUGAAAAGAGGCAGUCCCGACGUCUUCCAGUACUGGCAGCCAAAAGUGGAGGGUAUCAUGGAUCGGGGCCGAACGUGUCGUGCCUGGACUCGUACACUCGAAUAUUCCUGCAAACUCCGAAGGAUAGCUCUCCAGUUGUACGGGCUGCAGGGUUCCGGCUGCUUGGUUCGUUAUGCCUUGCUCCGACUUUCAAGACGCGCGGAUUUGCCUCUAAUGUGGUGAGUUUAGCAGUGGAAGCGCUUGGCGACUCGACCUUAAAUGUGCGUGUUCGGGCUGCAUGGGCGCUGGGCAACGUUUGCACCACCCCUGGCCCAGAGUCCGUCACAGAAAGCGGUGGUCCUGUACUACAUCAACCGGCGACGUUCGCGGCAAGGGUGGACCCUUCGAUGGCGUCUCUUCGGCUCCCUCCGCAGGUGCUGUACGAACUACUUCCGGAGAAGCAGCUGCGCCUUGUGGUUGAGAAGAUGUUGAUCUACAUCAACGAUAACGACAAGGUGGCUUCAAGUGUGGCGCGUACAUUGGGACUCGUGUGUCGCUGGAUUAGCUUCACACCUUUCCGGCGCACUCUUUCUGGAAAGAGCCUUGCCUCACUGGACGAUUUGUUGAGACAAGCGAUGGCUGUGCUUUCUGGAAAGAUCAACGCAGGCUCACCUAAAGUUAGGUGGAAUGCAUGUCAUGCCAUUGCUAAGGUUCUGCUGUGUCCAAGCUUGCCACUAGCGUCGGCGACGUGGGCGCCUUCUGUGUUUCAGGCACUACUGACCGCCAUUGCACAGCAGGAGAAUUUCAAGGUGCGCAUUAGUGCUGCUACAGCGUUGCGGGUAUCUCAAAGCCGUAGUGCGUUCGGUUCUUUUUUCCAGUUGGCGCUUCAAGCCACGAUGGAUGCGCUGGAGACGGCAUCGGACUUGAAGGAUGUGACUGAGUUUCGAUACAAGGAGCAAUUGGAGACACAGCUAUCCUUCACGUUGGUGCAUCUGGUCCACAUUGCCACGGAAGAAGACGACCCCCUCAUAUUGCAAGCGUUUAAAUCCAAGCCACGUGGGUUCCUGUACGACUGGCUGCUGCACAAUCUCCACCGCAUGAUAGCGGCAAUUGAACGGGAGAGUGAAGCAGUCGCUAGCGUGGGCACGGACGCUGGAGAUGCUGUUGAAGAAGGCAGAGCUGGAGGAGCUGGUGAUGCGCACGACGUCAACCCUAUCAAGAAAGAAGAAUUGCUAUCUGCUGUGCGUUCACUGCUGCGCAUCUUGGAGCGCCUGAACACGGACAAGGCAUACGCGACCAGCUGCGUUUCGCUUCUGUACGAUACGAAAAUUGGGCUGGAGCACGAUGUACUAUAUUCGGACGAGGACAUUCCCUUUGAGCUAUGA